AUGGAAAAGGACACUUCUCUCGGAAUCGUCUGUGCUCUCAUUUCGGCAGUCACAUUCGGAUCCACGUACGUGCCCCUGAAAUGGUUCCACAAGGGAGACGGAAUCUACUUCCAAUGGGUCCAGUCCCUGGGCCAAUUACUCGUCGGAGUGGCGGUCGCAUUGAGCACGACGCCCACUCCGAUCCAUCCGAUUGCCAUGCUCGGAGGAAUGUUCUAUUCAAUCGGUGAGGUUCAGACUAACGGUUAACGAACUGAGAAUGCAUUCAGGCAACUCUUUGACUGUCUUCAUAAUGGACGGAAUCGGACUGGCCAUCGGAUACCUUCUCUGGAACACAGUCACUUGUAGUCGUUCGCUUCUCUCAUGAUCAGUUUAUUGUAUUUUGUCAGGUGUCGUUGGCUGGGCGGUAACCCGAUUUGGCCUUUUCGCAAAUCCUCAACAGUCUCCGAAAAGUGAUUGGCUCAAUAUUCUGGGAGUGAUCACUGUCUGCGUGGGGUUAGUUAGUUCGCUAUCAAGUGGUAUUUAGGUGUUUGUUCAGAGGAGCCGUUUACGCCCCGAUUAAGCACAUUCCGUCGAAAGUGAGACCUGCUCCGUGGAGUUUGGAAGACGACUACAAGUCGGAUUCGCUUGUCAUCAAGGAAGUCUCACUUACGAGGAGAGUCAUGUCAGUGCAGUUGCAGAGUUUUCAAGACAAGAAGGAUGAAAUGUUUUGCAGAUGUCUAUUACUCACAAUAUUCGUUGGAUUCCUCUACGGAAACUUCCUCACUCCCAUCAAUUACAUCAUCGCCAAUGAGGUUCUUCUCAAAAUGGUUCGGGUGGGUUGAAUGAAGAAAGUGUUUGCAGGAGGGAGCCCUGCCGGACGUGCGUGCCUACAUUCUCUCUUAUUGUCUCGGCUCUUUUGUCACCUCCACUGUUAUCUUCUUCCUCUAUUCAUGCGUCAAGAAGAACGUUCCCCUCGUGAAUGCGGAGCUGUCGAUGCCUUCUCUCGUGUCCGGAAUCUUGUACGGCAUCGCCAUCACCACGUUCUUCAUGGCAAACCAGCAUUUGGAUCAGGUUGGUCUGAAAUUUGGGCGAAAACUGUCUGUGAUUGCAGGUGAUUGCCUAUCCGAUUCUCUCGAAAGCGCCGGGAAUCAUAGUGAGUCUGUGGGCGAUCUUUCUUUUCAAAGAGAUCCAAGGCAAGCGGGACAUCAUCCAGCUGUACAUCGGAGUCUUUGUCACCCUUCUCGGAAUCGCUCUCAUUUCUCUGUCAAAAGUCGAAUUUUGA